CUCAUUGAAUAUGGAUCAGAAAGUGCAGUGGGGAGAGUGUCACGUGGCUUCGCGGCCAGGAUAAAUAGGGGCUGGACCGGCGUUGAUCCCCCCGAGCUCCCCAGUACCUGCGUGCUCCCGCUACCGUCCGUCGGUCCGGGCUCUGAAGCGACCAGGCUCCACCAGCGAGCCGGGAGGAAGAGAGGGAGGUAGAGAAAGAUCGCCACCGCCCCGAGGAGGCUCCGCAGACACCGGCUCGGUGUUCUGCCGUGGGCCAGGACCUUCUCCCUCUGACAGCUAGAGCUCUCUCCGGCUCCCACAUUCCCAACAUGAAAAUCCUCGUGGCUCUGGCCGUGCUCUUCCUCGCGUCCGCUCAGGCUUUUGCCGAAGAAAUGGGCGCCAACGACGAUCUGAACUACUGGGCGGACUGGUCGGACAGCGACCAGCUCAAGGAAGAGCUAUCCGAGCCCUUUGAGCAUUUCCUGCAGAGAAUUGCCAGGAGACCCAAGCCUCAGCAGUUCUUUGGGUUGAUGGGCAAAAGGGAUGCUGAUACCUCAGUUGAAAAGCAAGUGGGCAUGUUAAAGGCUCUCUAUGGGCAUGGCCAAAUAUCUCAUAAAAGGCAUAAAACAGAUUCCUUUGUGGGACUCAUGGGCAAAAGAUCUUUAACUUCUGGGUCCUCAGAAUGGAGCACGGCACAGAACUAUGAGAGAAGGCGUAAAUGAGGCAUCGGCCAGCAGCCUUCGGUUGAAUGUGGUUGGCUCCACGGCCUACGAUGGCGAGGCCUCCUCGAAGAGUCUCACUAAACAGAACAAUUAUUUAUUUAAUAACACUUGUGGUUUUGAGUUGUAAAUCCAAUCAGACAAUUAUUUUUCAUAUUGUGACAAUGACCCCCAUUGGAUAAGUGUUUUCUAGCUCUAAGCUGCAUCCCUUGGAAAUGGAAGCCCCUGAUAUUUCACAACCAAGCACAGUAUUGGCUCUGAACUUGUGCUUCUGGUGAUGGCUUGUUUGCCCAGGAGAAUCAAUGUUUUGGUUAAUUGGGAACCAAUGUAGGGCAGACCCUUCUCAGUGUAUCUCCAUGGUUAAGAUGCUCUGUAGUUGGGGGAUUGAAAUCUCUUUGUAUCGCUGCAGUUCGUCCCAUGUUUUGUGACUAAAUCUAUGAGACAGAUAGAGAGGGGGGGCGUGGCUGGAAGGAGGGAGACAGAGAGGACAGAGUGGGGGACUCCUAGAGCUUCAUCUCAUGGUAGGAAGUGUUUUCGUUGUCUGAUGUUUUCCAUUAAAAGUUCCA